AUUAAAUUUGGCAAAAAGCUAUGGCUUUGAAGAGAUAUCAACCCUACUUGGCAAUGAUCUUCAUACAGAUAUUAUAUGCAGGCAUGGCUUUGUUCUCUAAAGCUUCCAUCUCCAAUGGCAUGAAUCCUUAUGUGUUCGUGGUUUAUCGACAAGCAUUUGCAACUCUAGCCUUGGCUCCAUUCGCGAUUUUCCUCGAAAGUAACAAGACAACUUCCCUUUCAUUCCUCUUACUAGUGAAGAUAUUCUUUUUAUCCUUAUUUGGGAUUACAUUGAGCCUGGAUCUAUGCUAUGUGUCAAUAAGUUAUAUAUCAGCAACAUUUGCAGCUGCAGGCACUAACAUGAUCCCUGUUAUCACUUUCAUCUUAGCCAUAUGCUUCAGGAUGGAGAGCAUUUGUUAUAAGCAAAGCCAUGGAAUAGCUAAGAUUAUUGGUUCAGUUGUGUGUGUUGCUGGGGCUUUAGUGUAUGCUUUUGUCAAUGGACCUCCUCUCUAUCCAGAAAGCCAUAAACAAGUUCAUUAUCUAACUACAAAUGGCAACUCCAAAGGUGAAUGGAUUAAAGGUUCUCUCAUCAUGCUCUUAGCCAACACAAUGUGGUCAUUGUGGCUUAUUUUGCAGGGUCCAAUUAUGAAACAAUAUCCAGCAAAAAUAAGGCUUACAACUCUUCAAUGCCUCUUUAGUUGCAUUCAAUCAGCAAUUUGGGCUAUUUCAGUAAAGAGGGACAUAGAAGCAUGGAAAUUAGGUUUCAAUUUCAAUCUUCUUUCUGUGGCUUACUGUGGUGUGUUGGUCACUGGGCUCUCAUAUUGGCUAAGAGCUUGGGUGAUAGAGAUAAAAGGGCCAGUUUUUACAGCUAUGUUUACUCCAUUAUCUUUAAUAGUAACAGCCUUCUUUUCAUCUAUCUUUUGGAAAGAGACUCCUCAUUUGGGAAGUGUAUGUGGAGCAAUAUUGCUAGUGAUGGGACUUUAUGGUGUUUUGUGGGGUAAACAAAAGGAAGCAGAGUGUAAUAAGACAAGUCAUCAAUGCAAAGAGGAAAUUAGCAGUAUAUAAUGCGUUAAACCAGCGGCAAGGAAUGGGUGGAAAAUGGUUACAUUAAGAUGAUUACAGAUAUUGAAGUUUUCUUUUGUAUUCUUUUCUCUCGGUUUCUAUGAGUGGUUUGUUUGGUAUAACGUGAGUGGUUGGAUGUAUUUUUGGUAGUAAGGUUUUUUGUUUUGGGAGG